AUGGGGGACGGCAACGAGCAGCAGAACGCCGGCGAUGAGGAGACCACCAUCGCGCGGCUGAACCCACACGUGCGGGAGAUGACCUCCGACAUCCUGUACCACCUGGCUCUCGGCUCCGGCUCGCACGACCUGCACGCCAUGUUCGGCGACGUCAAGUUCGUCUGCAUGGGCGGCACUCCGCGACGGAUGGAGCAGUUUGCGCACUUUAUCAUGAAGGAGAUCGGCUACCAGCUGCCCACCGGCGCCCAGCUGCUCGACAUCUCGCUGCACUCGUACAGAUACUCCAUGUUCAAAGUCGGACCGGUGCUCUCAGUCAGCCAUGGUAUGGGCAUGCCGUCUGUGGGCAUCCUACUACACGAGAUGAUCAAGUUGAUGUACCACGCCCGGGUGAAGAACCCGACGUUCUUCCGUCUGGGCACGUGCGGCGGCAUCGGCAUCGACGGCGGCAACCUGGUCAUCACGGAGAGCGCCGUGGACGGCCUGAUGAACCCCUACCUGGAGCAGGCAAUCCUGGGAGAGAUCCAGAAGCGUCCUGGUCUGCUGGACCCCGAGCUGGCUGCCGAACUGAAGGCACUGUCCACCCCUGAAGACCCGUGGCAGAUCUACUCUGGGAAGACGAUGUGCACAACAGAUUUCUACGAAGGUCAGGGCCGGCUGGACGGCGCCUUCUGCGACUACACUGAGGAGGACAAGUUUGACUUUCUGCGUAAGAUCCACGCCGAGGGCAUCAUCAACAUGGAGAUGGAGUCUCUGAUGUUCGCCGCGCUGUGUCACCACGCCGGCAUCCGCGGAGCCGUCAUCUGCGUCACCCUGCUCAACAGGAUGAAGGGCGAUCAGGUGACUGCCGAGAAGUCCCAGCAGAUGGAGUGGCAGGAGUACCCUCAGCGGCUGGUGGCGCGCUACAUUCGCCAGCAGCUGGAGGCGGCCGAUGGGGUCGGCUCGGGGGCCGGCGGUCUGAUCCGCUCGCUCUCACAGCUGCACCUGACCAGACAGACGUCUGAGCAGUUCGCCAGCUCCGAGUAGGAGCCGUGCCGCCGUACAGCCGAACAGCGCCGCCGAACUCAGUGUCACCCUCGACCGGACCGCCACCGCGCUGUAGCCGUCCGUCGCUUCAGCUGCAGCACUGAAUUCAGUUACCGAUAUUCCGAGCAGCGAGCAGUAGCUGUCGCUAUAACCACGCGCCAUAUAACCCCCCGCCAGUGUACUGCACCUGUGAUCUCAGUGGCGAUAUACGGCCACGUCUAUAACGCGGGGCCAGAGAAAACCUAUAAGGCAUUCCAUAAGAAUCCAAUCUGUGAUCGGUUGGGAUCGGGUCGUUCCUCGAAAUGAGCUUCUUAGUGUAAGGUAUAGAUAGGUCGGUUAGACCAGAUGACUGCCAUCUUACUAGUCUGAUGAUCUCGAUAAAUUUUCGUGUAAUUCUAGUCAUGCGAUCUGUUAUUGUUUUGCUUGUUUUGUGUUUGAGCCUAUACGUAAACUCUAUUUAGCUUUAGCGCACAAUAGACCUGCCCAUUCGGUAGGGUAGCAAUCGUUUUAUCUCAUUCAGGAAUAUGAAUCGUUGAUAUACAACUAACUAUAAGCACACUUCGUGCGAGGUCGUUGGUGAAAACACGCGGGUGACAUGGCGGAGACCAGGAAGGGCUGGUUGUUGUAUUGUUGUGACGUAAAGCUGGAUUGGUGUGAGUGCUUGUUGUCAUGCUGACAUCCACUCUGUCUUCUUGUGGUGACUUCUGAAGCGGGUUGGUUGAAAGGUCAAGUGUCGAAACAGCUCAGCGAAUGAAAUAAUUGGACGCACUGUGUGUGUUUGUCAAAAUGAAUUGUUCGCAUUCCAAUCAAAACUAAAUCUAUUUUGCUAUCUCGAUGCUUAGCUAGUGAGUGCUUGAGUAAGAAACUGGUGGACUGUAUCUAUCCAGGUUAGUGAGCCAUUAAACAUCCAAGCAAAGUGGCGCAGGUCCUCAGAGUUGGUAUACGGCAGAUAAUAAAUCAAAAGCGCGUUGCUUUGCAAGUGCACAAGAGUAGACAGUUUUGCCAUGUGUAGCUUCACUGCUGUAGACCAAUGGCCAUCAAAAAAUAUAAUAAACAUGCCUCAGCCAACG